AUGGGGAAUCAGUGGGGUUUGGGGCUCCAUUUCGUUUUUGUAACUAUUUUUUUGGUUGCAACUCCAAAAACAUGUUUGGGUGCUCAAAAUACCACGGUGGCCUGCUUUGAGCAUGAGCGACAAGCUCUUCUCAAGUUCAAACAAAGUGUCAAAGAUGUUUCCCAUAUGUUGUCAUCAUGGGUUGGUAAUGACUGUUGUCGUUGGGAAGGAGUCAAGUGUAAUUUUCUCACUGGAAAUGUUGGAAGUCUUCAUCUCAGAGGUGGUGGUUGGUUUCAUAAACAAGAGUGCUUAGUUAGUAAUGAGGUGAGUACUUCUUUAGGAGAGUUGAGGCAUCUAAAAUAUUUGGAUUUGAGCAUGAAUGAUUUUCAAGAAAGCCGGAUCCCCAAGUUCAUUGGAUCCUUGAAAGAGCUGACUUACCUUAAUCUCUCUUAUGCAAAGUUUUCUGGUAUUAUACCUCAUCACAUUGGAAAUCUUUCCAAUCUAAUAACUCUUGAUCUUAGUUCAAACGAUUACAACGAAAAUCUUCUGAUCAUACAUGAUAUGGCCUGGAUUUCUGGCCUUUCGUCACUCGAGCAUCUUAACUUGAGUUGGGUAAAUCUUAGGGGAGCAAAAAACCUUGACAUGGUGCUUUACAUGAUUCCUUUGUUAAAAGAGUUAUGGUUGCUAGGAUGUGGUCUUUCUAAUGUCAAUCUUGGUGCUCUUCAAAAUGUAAGCACUUCACUUUCCAACAUCAAACAUCUGAAUCUUGCCCGGAAUUCGUUCAAAGGUCAACUCCCUCACUUUUUUCAGAACAUGUCAUCCUUACAAUUCCUUGAUCUUUCUUUGUCAUUUGAUCCUAGUCCCACAUGGAAUUUUGCAAGCCUUCUAAUCAUGAUCCCUUCUUUAUUAGAGCUUCGUUUGUCAUAUUCUAACCUCAAACAGACACAUCUAUCUUAUAAUCUUCAUAAUUUAACCACCCUUUCCAACAUCCAACAUCUAGAUCUAUCUUAUAACGAGUUAAUGGGUCCAAUUCCAACGUUCCCCGAGAAACUUACCGAACUUUACCUUUCUGAGUCUUUGGGAAAACUAAGAUUAUUGCAAGUACUAGAUCUAUCAGGUAACGAGUUAACAGGUGCCAUUCCGACAUUUUCCGAGAAACUUAUCGAACUUUACCUUUAUGAUAAUUUCUUGAAAGGUUCAAUUCCAGAAUCUUGUGGAAGAUUAGCUGCUUUAACAACUUUGUCUCUAAAACACAAUGAGUUAAAUGGGACUAUUCCGGUCUCAAUUGGGCAACUCUCUAGACUCCAGUCUCUUGAUGUCUCUCAGAAUCAAUUAAGUGGGACUAUUCCGGUUUUGUUUGGGCAACUGUCUAAACUCCAGUCUCUUGAUGUCUCUCGGAAUCAACUAAGUGGGAUUAUUCCGGUUUCAAUUGGGCAGCUCUCUAAACUCCAGUCUCUUGAUGUCUCUCGGAAUCAGUUAAGUGGGACUAUUCCGGUUACAAUUGGGCAACUCUCUGAACUCAGUUCUCUUGAUAUCUCUUAUAAUUCUUUGGAGGGAGUAGUUUCUGAAUCCCAUUUUGCUAAGCUUUCGAUGUUGAAGUAUUUGGAUGCAACUUAUAACAGUAAGUUAACAUUCAAUGUUUCAAGUGACUGGCUGCCUCCAUUCCAAUUAAUAAGAAUGGAUCUCAGUUCUUGCAAGAUUAAAAAUGGAUUUCCGCAGUGGCUUCGAAAUCAGAGAAAACUUAAUAUAUUAGACUUGUCUAAUGCAACUAUUUCAGGACCUUUGCCAACAUGGUUGAGGAAGAUGCCCAUCAUCCCUUUCAUAAAUCUUUCCCACAACAACCUCAGCGGACCUUUGACCAACCUUCCAAGCGGGGGUACUGAUAAUACCAACUAUUAUCGGAAAUUUGGAGCUUACCAAAAUUAUAAUGAUAUUCGGGUCUUAUCUCUGCAAAGUAACCUUUUCAAAGACUCGAUUCCCAGGUCCUUGUGUAAGAGGAAAGAUUUACAUGUUCUUAAUUUGUCAAAAAAUUGGUUAACUGGGAAAAUUCCUAAAUGUUUUAAGAAUCUUCAAAAUUUGAUAUUUAUGCAACUAAACUCAAAUGGGUUAAGUGGCGUCAUUCCAAGUUUUAUAGGGAACCUUUCACAGUUAGAAUGGUUAAGCUUGAAUGAUAAUAAGUUUAGUGGUGAGCUUCAUGCAAAAUUUUGGAAUUUAAGUUGGUUAACUGUCUUAGAUUUGGGUGAUAAUGCACUAUGUGGAGAAAUACCAGAAUCGUUUGGAGAAACAAAUCAAUCAUUGCAGGUUUUAAGGUUACACAACAAUAACUUCACCGGAGAAAUUCCUCAAUCUCUCUGCACACAUUUAGAGCUUCAAAUUCUGGAUGUUGCACACAAUAACUUCAUCGGAACAAUUCCUCGUUGUCUAAGAGAAUUGCACGGCAUGGUUCACAAUCAUAGCUUUUAUAGCUUUGAUCAUGGUAUAGAGGAGGGGGUCAUUCAGGUAAUGAAAGGCAUUUCUCUUGAAUAUACAAAUACAUGGUCAUUUGUCACUAACUUGGACCUUUCAAGCAACAAACUUGUUGGAGACAUACCUGCAGAGAUAACUGAACUCUACGGAUUGGUGGGUCUCAAUUUGUCCAAUAAUCAUCUCAGUGGAGGCAUUCCAGUCAGCAUUGGAAACAUGGCAUCAUUAAAUUCUCUGGAUUUAUCAGGCAACGAGUUGGACGGGCUAAUCCCCCCAAGCAUUGCAGCUUUGACUUUUUUGAGCCAUUUAAAUUUGUCAAAUAACAACUUGUCUGGGCAAAUUCCAACAGGAAGUCAACUGCAAACCCUCAUCGAUCCAUCAAUAUAUGCAGGGAACAAAGAUCUAUGUGGGGCACCAUUGCCAAAGAAUUGCUCCAAUCAUGAAGUGUUAACCAGAACGCCCAGGAAAAAAUAUGAAGCAGUUGAUGAGCCCAAUAAGGUAUGGUUUUAUGUGGACAUAAUAUGUGGUUUUGCAACAGGGUUUUGGGGUGUUAUUGUAGUUCUGAUGUUGAAGAAGCAGUGGAGACACAAGCUUUUCAUGUUUGCUGAGGAGUCCAUGGACAAGAUACACGUUGCAGUCAGGGUAAGAGUUAACAAGAUGAAGAGAGGAAGAGGAGCCAUGUAG